AGCACAUCGAUCAGUGAUCCAUGAACAGCGUGCUGUAGUAUAACCAUUAUACCAUUAUUGUCUUUCAAUAUACUCCCGGGCACCUGCGAGUUUCGUCCUGUUGUCAUCAAAAUAUCUUCUGGCAGGCACCCGUGUGUUUUGCAAAUCAGGUUGAUAUUGUUGGAGUUUUGAAGCUUACAAGACGAACUUUGAUGGGCUGAUAAACGCCAUUUUUAGUUGGAUGGUUGCUACUAGCUACACCAACCAAUUCAGAUUUUCGACGAUUUUCGCCGGUUAUUUUAUCUGUCAAUCCUUCUGGUCGUUUCAGAGGUAAUACAUAUUCGAACUGGUCCCAGCGACUGCACAAGCUAAGACAAUCCAUAGUGCGGCAGACGUUUGGAAAGUCGGUUAUUAACAGAAGUUUUCUCAUUGAUACGGCGGUUUCGAAUCGAUCGACUCGCUAAUUCAAGGAGUAAUUAGUGGUGGCCGAUUACUUAUCAUCUCAGAAAGAGUUUUGCAGCAAUCAUGCGAACAAACCUCGCGGACUGUGUGUUUGUCAAAGUGAAUAAGAUUUCAUAGUCGAGAUUUUAAGAAAAAAAUACAGUGACAUAAGACUUGCAUCAGUGCCUUUAUUUGUCAUGGAGGCGUUACAUCUGAUCCAUAAACUUGUCCCCGGUCGCCAAAGGAGGUAUCGUCUCAGUUCACAUGGCUUAAAUCGAAGUAUUGAUAGCAUACUGGAUGGCCUUGAUGGUUCGAAACGUCGAGCAUCGUAUCCGGCAAACUCUGAGCUGCGGGCAAUCAAGAGACUGAAAACAGUCAAAAUGUCGACCAACGGACUGGCGGUCUCGAAGGUACUCGAGCAGAUCCAGCUAGUACAGGGUAUGAUAGACAUAAACGCCUCCAGCUUGAACAGUCUACGGACACAGUUCUCCACCAACAGUGACUUGAUCCAGCAGGAAAUUCGCACAUUAGAGGGAAAGCUCGUCAAACUGUUUUCGAGGCAGCUCGUUGCAAAGCAUAAGUGCAACGAAGAUUGGAAUGACUGCGAAAAACUCCGUUAUUAUCCUAAACUAGAACAAUGGCUGCAGGUGGUAGGAAUCAAUGAAGAAGCAAUCAAGAAUUUGGAAGAGAAGUGUAGCACAGUGGAAGGUCUUCUGUCUUUGUCUGAUGAAAAAGUAAAAGCAAUGUUGGAGAAUUAUGCUGAUGGACAAGAAGAAAGUAGGAGGUUAAUUGCAGCUCUGAAACAUCUUCAGGCUUAUACAGAACGACAGAAACAGGGUCAUAAAGACAGCACAUCAGAUAUAUAUUGGGAUUCUUGGGAUACUGGAAAGACAAGAGAAAAGAGCCUUUCCAUCAGCCCCUCUGACCGCUCCUCGCGUUCCUCUGUCACCUUGGACAGUGAUGUGCCCCUGUCAUCACCAAGCUCUGAUGCCGAUACUGAAGGUUCUAGACUGUCGACAUUAUCAGCAAGUGAUACGGAUAGUACUCUGAGUCCCAAGCACAUUGGGAAUUCCCAACCAGCUUAUUUCAAUAUGAUCAAAAGAAGUGUGUCUGAUGAUGCGAAUUUAGGAAACAGAAUAUUUGUGAACAAUAAUGAUAAUCCAUAUCUAAAUAGUGGUAAAAAGCGAGGAGGAAGGCUGGAACCUGUCACUCCCCUCACGAUAAAUAUUCCUAAGAGUACAAGUGGAGAGAUCUCAUUACAUUCUCAGUCUGACUCUGAGUCGGAUCACAAUCUAAGUUCCCAUGCAAUAAACAAUUCUCCAUCAAGGAUAACUCACUAUGGAAUGGGACAUACAAUCAAACACAGAUUUUCACAAAAGGCAUUUAUGGUUAGUCCAGCUUGUGACUACUGCCAUAAGCUUCUUUUGGUUGGCGUAAAAUGCAAAGACUGCAAGCUCAAAUUUCACAAGAAAUGUGCAAAAAAGGCCACUGCUUCCUGUAAGCUUCCUAAAGGGUAUAGUGAAUUUUUCACAGCUCAAGUGCGACGAGCGUUUGAUUACCGGUCUUUACCGAUGAUACGGCCACAUGUGAAGAGAACAAAUUCAGAACCAUCCAGUAUCGCCCUUCAAGUGGAGAAAUAUGUGCGUGAACAGAAAUUCAACCAGAACCGUAGCCACGGUGAUCUGAACACAGUAGACCAGAAAUCUUGGACGCCUGUUCCAACUGAAACACCAAAAGGAGUUGACUCUUGCUCCACGUCAUCGUCUACCUCAUCACCACCCUCUUCGCCUCUUCCGGCAGCAUCAGCUAAUGUUAGUCUGUCUGCACAAGAAGAACUUGACCAGUUUCCAGAGUCACAUUUCUCUUUCACCGAUGUUUCAAAAAUGACAGCUUCCUUGCAUAGUAACGAAAUGAUUGAGUCAACCAGUACCCUGGUUAGGACAGAAAGUGUUAAGUCGCGGCAAAGCAGCAACACCACAACAAGUAAUGACUCGACUUUGUCUGGAGAGGAUGUCCCAGGCAUUGACUCAUUAGACAAUCAAAUUUCUGAUGUAGACCCUGAGAGCAAGACAUGGAACCGGAGCCGAGUGGUUAAUAAAAAGGACAUGCUCUUGGACUUACAUCAACGAGGUAGCCUGAUGUCAGAGUGGGUGAUACCGUUUGAAGAAUUGAAUAUCACGUGGAGUCCACUGGGUAGUGGUAGAUUUGGUAAAGUUUACAGGGGUCACUGGCACGGUGAAGUGGCUGUAAAGAUGAUUGAAAUUGAGAAUCCUACAGAGGAGCAACUCAAUGCCUUUAAGUUCCAAGUUGGAACUUUUAGAAAGACGCGCCAUGAAAAUGUGGUGCUGUUCAUGGGCGCAUGUAUGGAUCCUCCAAAACUUGCCAUCAUAACGAGCAUGUGUCGCGGGUUUUCCCUCUACACGCAUAUUCACGUUCGAAAGGACAACUUUCCUCUGGAUAAAAUUUCACAGCUAUGCACUCAAAUUUCUCAGGGUAUGGGUUAUCUUCACGCCCGAGGUAUCGUUCACACUGACUUACGUUCUAAGAAUGUAUUUCUGGAGUCAUACAAUCGCGUGGUGAUCACAGACUUCGGGUUGUUUAGUGUGGCUGGUUUGACUACCAAAUCUGUCAGGCCAGGAAUGUUAAUGAUCCCACAAGGAUGGCUGCCAUAUUUAGCUCCCGAAAUCCUUCGCUCGCUUACAACCCAACAGGAUGCGCCAGACUCUUCACAGUUCACCAUGGCAACAGAUAUGUAUGCCUUUGGGACUGUCUGGUAUGAGAUGUGUUCUCGCUCAUGGCCAUUUGAGAAAAACAUACCUGAAUCGAUAAUCUGGCAAGUGGGAAAAGGAGUCAAACAGUCGCUAGCAAAUGUAGAUGUUCCUAUGGUAGUUAAGGACACUUUAACAGUUUGUUGGGCAUUCGAGCCAGAUAGACGACCAACUUUCAGUAAUUUGAUCAGAACUUUAGAAAGACUUCCAAAAAUAAGACACCAGCAACGGUUACACAGAAGUCCUUCCCAGCCAUGCACUGUGGGGAGAGGGGCUGAGGCUCUUAUUUGAAGCUAUGAUGUGACUUUUGUGAAUCCUGGCUGUGAUGUAAAAGUGAAUUAUCUUCGCUGUCUUCGACGCUACUUGUUCGGUCUCAAGGUCGCGUUUUUCCCAGUGUAAGCAACUACCUACUGAAUGGAAGUGCAGUAGUCAUUUACGAUCUUUCUCCUUUCACUACUGAAGCAGUGGGUUUGGUUUUCUCCCUCGUGUCUUCAUACGUUCUCACUGAUGGGUCUCUGGAAAUUUCCUUUUUUAUUGGGACUUUUCCAAUUAAAAAUUAACUGGUUUACUCACAUUAUCUAUGAAUUAUAAUUUAUGACCAUUUGAUAAAUAGGAUUGUAACAAAUUGGUCAAUCGAAAAGACUGUCAUGCAAAAGGAGAACACGCAUAUGUAAGUAUAGAAAAGAAGAACCUGUUAAGAUUUAGGAAUAGUAAUUAUUUCUUGAAGUGCGCGAAUUUUUUAAAUUUGAUAAGGCUUUGUCGUAGCUAUCUAAGAAGUUUCAGAAUGCUUCAAGUUUCGCCUUUGUGAGUAGAAGUUUGAGAAGAGGAUUCGAUUAGAUAAACAAAUGUUUAAGUUGUCAAGAACAGGUUUUUUGCUGAAACGAAAUGCUUUUUUUUUUUUGGAAAUUUUUUAUUUUUUUAUUAUUUUUUUUAAUUUUCGAACAGCAUCACGUCCUCUUUGCAUUUUAGAAGUACACAUUUUUUAUGUAUUGUUUUUUUUUUUGUUAUUUAUUCAUUUUUUUAAUUGCUUCAAAAAACGUUUUACUUUUGCCCUGGAACAGUACAAUACUGCAAAUGACCAGGGACGUUUUUAGGAGAAUUUUCUAUUUUUUUUUUUUUUUUUCAAUUUCUUAACUUGUUAUUGUGCGCUAAGCAUGGCACCAGUUUUAAUAAGGAUACACAGAAACCUCCAGGUGCCUUGCGUUUGUGAAAAACAAUGUCGAAACACUUUAGUUUGCUUUCCAUAAGGAAACCGUUUAAUUGGAGGAGAACUUCAAAAUUUUAGUUUGACAUCGAAAAGGUACUGAAAUAGAGAGUGUUACUCACAAAUCAAGGUGGAAGCUCCUUUAAACAGCCUGCUCUGGUAUACUGUUGUACUUCAACCAUCUCCCCAAAUUAUGAUAUAGGCAACACUUAAGUAACUGGGUAGUCAGGUAUAUCAAAAUUAAGCCUUUGACAUAUAUUUCUUGCCUCUCUCUUUGCAUGCUCACAAUUUUAUCAUUUAUGAAGUUUUAUAUUAGUUUUUAGUUUGGUAUAAGUUUGAGCGCAACAAAUUGGUAAUUAACAUUUACGUAGUUUUGAAGUGAACAAGUCCAAGGGCCUUAUCAGGCUUUAGUCUUGAUUUAUGUCUUAAACUUCUCCUUUGUCAAAAUAUUACGGCAGAGGAGGUGCGAUUUCUAACCCAGUAACAGAUCGUAACAGCAAUUUGCAAAGCGUUCGAGGGGAAAGAGUUCUUGAUUUGCUCAAACCGUUAAGUUUAAGAAAACAAAGAGAAUUGUUAGUGUAUUGUCUAGGUCUCUGAGCAUCCAACCAAGGCAACAGACACCUGUUUUUUAACCCUUCACAAAAAGAAAAUUUUAAUUUAUGUCAAAAACGUUUCUUUUUAGCACCAAGCAACAUUGAAAUUGUAGAGGGGGGAGGGGAGAGACAUGAGAAAUAUCGGACAAAUAAUCCAAAUGUAGUAGAGCGUGCGAAGACUUUGGCCUCUUAUGGUACUUCUGAAAAUUAAGUGUCUAGUUAUAUUUCCGCAUAAACCCUUCGGUUUAUUUUCAUCACUAGUCUGCUUGAUAGUGUGUUAAUAGUGUGGGGAUGAUUGAAAUCCUGGUAAUUCGUGGGAGUGAAAGGGUUUAAGUGGCCAGCUUAAGAACUCAGUGUGGUGAACGUAUGGAAUGUGAGUGAAUACAAGUCGUGAAUGAACAUGAAUUUUAGGUAUCAUAUAAGUACAUAAGAAUUGUAAAUAAUUGUUGCAAGUUGUUUUUUACUUACAAAGGCCCCGUAAUACAGGGAUGUAAAUACGUUUGUUUGAGUCCGUUUACUCCAACUAAGGGUAAAUUGUACAAUUUGUCAGGAAACUGUUUAAUGAUUGUUAUAAUUGUAAUAUUUUCAAUAUUUUAGAGACUGUUUGAAGUCUCGUAAAUUAUUAAUUGCUGUAUGCAGUCAGUUGGAUGACCUUCUACUCACAUCUCUGAAUUUAAAAUAAAUUAUCCCUAUUCAACA